UCCGCGUUUGAAAAUCAGCAGAGCGCCAAGGAAACAACACCAAAAAACAAGAUAUUGAGCCAAACUGAGCCAUUUUCCACCAAAAUUUGCAACCUUUUUAUGAAAACAAGAAGAGAGGAAGGAGAAAAAACGCGACGAAGUGGAUGAAAUACUUUGCAUGAGGAGAAAAGGGGUUGUAAACAUGACGAGUGUUAUAGGAACAAAGUUUUCUCUUUCUUCUUUCUACGGGAAGGAGGAAAAGCACCAAAUGAUGUACAAAAUGAGAUUAAAUGUUCUGAAUAAAUCACAUGGGAUCAAAAAGACAGGAGGGACAGCUAAAAGGAGAGGACAAGAGAUGUCAAUGAAAUAUGACGAGCUCAAUACACUGGAUUCCUUUUACGCGACCCCAUCAGCUGCAAAAUCCUCAAAGGUCAAUCCACAGAAGAGCAAAAUAAUGCAGGUAUCAAGAAAGAAAAGCUUUGAAGCUGGAGACCCCAGACCCUCAAGACAAGCAUCAGUAGACAUCUCAGAGAAGAUGGCUUCUAUUGCAGCAUUGUCAGAUGAUUACAAUGAUGAUACUCAGCCUGACCAUCCCAAGUCAGUUAAGUUGGAGGAAAUUACUUUCAAAGAAGAAAGCUGGUCUUCAGAGGAUGAGGACAGUAGCUGGAUUCCAAGGAACUCAAAGGGCACUGUGGCCAAGAAAAGGACAGUAUUAGAACCAACUCUGCCAAAACCAGUUUUGUCUGAAUACGAAAAAUCUGCACAGGAGAAAAUUGCUCAGCGUCAAAAGUUCCUUCAAGAACUUAAAAUUCUGGAGGUGAAGACAGAGCUGCAAAAGAUCCCCAAAUCAGAACCAACUCCACCACAGGAAAGAGGAGAUAGACAGUCUACAUGCAAUGAUUUAGGAAUGACACAGGAUGAGCUAGUUCUUCCUACAGGCCAAAGGGAAGACCAGUCAGAGAUGAGGGUGACAUGGCACAGGCCUCAGCCAACCACAUGGUGAAAGAUUCUUUAG